AUGUCUGCUCCUCCAGUCGCCAAAGAAGAUACUAACCCCGUCCAGGAGCUGGCUCGUACGCCCUACCCCGCCUGGAUUAUGUCCGGUCUAUUGCUGGCUACCCUCCCUUACGCAAAGAACACAGUCAAGCCCACCAAACUGUCGUGCGCAGGUUUCGGACUGGUCUUUGCUGCCGGGGGAUACAUGAUGCUGGACGACAUCACCAACGGAGCAGGAUUCACUUCGGCCUGGUCCAUGCUGUACCUGUUGGCCAACGGGACUCGAAGUGUCACUGUGUUCCGAAAGCCCUGGCCUUUGCUGCUGUCGUGCCUGGCAGUUUCUAACGCUGGUCUUUAUGGAGCGACAUUCUUCUUCCCCAAGAAGAAUGAAGUGCCCCCUAAGAAGUUCUAA